GUCUGGAACGCGCCGGCCGCCCCCGCCGUCCUCCCGUGCCGGAAUUCUGCUCCCUCGCCGACACGCCACUGCCCAAACCCGGCCGACCAGUAUAAAAUCCGGCCCCUCGCGCCACCUCGCCGUCAUCAACUGCGUAGUCGUCUCGCGCUUUCCAUUACCACCCAGCUCUAUCCACACCGUUCCACCACCUGCUCCUCGUCAUCGUCCAUGGAGGGCAAGGACGGCAAGCACGACGCCUCCGCCGCGCCACCGGCCGGCGCGCCGCAGCCCGCGGCUCCUCCCGCAGCGGGACAGGGGCAGCCGCAGCCGCCCGAGGCGGCGCGGUGGGGCACGCGGCAGAUGGGCCCGCCGGCGGCGCCCGGGGCGCACCCGGAGAACCAGGAGGCGGCGCGGUGGACGGCGGCGCGCGGGGACCAGGAGCUGCCGCCCUACGUCAUCAUGGGGGAGGCCGUGGCUGCGCCGCCGCCGCAGCAGCAGAGGCAGAAAGGGGACAGCCCCAUGGAGCACAUCCUCGACUUCUUCAACACCUGGAGCCGCAAGGCCGAGGAGCUCGCAUCCAACAUCUGGUUCAACCUGAAGACUGCGCCGUCGGUGUCGGACGCGGCGAUGGGUAAGCUGAGCCUUGGCGCCAAGGCCCUGUCGGAGGGCGGCUUCGAGAAGCUGUACAAGCAGACCUUCUCCUCGGGUCCCGAGGAACAGCUGAGGAAGACCUUCGCGUGCUACCUGUCGACGGCCACCGGCCCCGUCGCCGGCACGCUCUACCUGACCAGCUUGAACAUCGCCUUCUGCAGCGACCGCCCGCUCUCCUUCGCCGCGCCGUCCGGCCAGACCGCCUGGAGCUACUACAAGGUGAUGAUCCCGCUGGCCAAGGUCGCGGCGGUGGAGCCGGUGACGAUGAAGGAGAGCCCGCCGGAGAAGUACGUGCACGUCGUCACCGUGGACUCCCACGACUUCUGGUUCAUGGGAUUCGUCAGCUACGACAAGGCCGUGCACCACCUCACCGAGGCCGUCUCCCACCGCUCAUCGUCCCAGCAGCAGGACGUCGCCGGCACCAAGUGAGGAGGGUCCCGUCCGUUCGUCGGAGACAUACACAUAGCUCUGUGCAGUACUGCAGUACCUGUGUCCGGCUUGCGAUGGUCUGUGUGGUGGCGUGUGAAUAUGUCUAUGAGUGUGCAGUGUACAAGCCGUGUCUUGUGAACUAUUUUUGGUGUAUCCCUAAUGCACCUAGUUGGGUUUUCAUGUGUUGGACCAAUUCGUCAAUGGCCAGCUGGAAAGCUCCUAUCCUUGGUCCUUAGCUGAAUUGGGUCGACAUAGAUUUUGUCAUUUUCGAUGGUUCUCUACAAUUGAUGUGCUAUACUGUAAUGUAAACCGGUAUUUUAUGAGACGGAAGAAAUAAUCUCUAGUUUA